CAUUCAUCUCCUCCCAGAAAAUUGCGGUUGCUAUGGCAAUUGGAAACUGUUGCCAUUAGCUUGGGUAAUGUUAGCCGUUUUAAUAUAAAAGGGGCACUACAAUAUUUUCCGUUUGAAUUUAGACUUUUUUGUCAAAAGAAUUGGCUUUUGGUAUUGGCAGAAUUCAGAUGAUGUAACUAAUUAUUUUCGGACUACUUGUAUUUCUUAUUGGGACAUUUUCAAUAAACUAUCUUCAACCCACUUUUUUCUGCACGCAUCUAUUCAAGUAAGUUUCAGCAUGCCUGAUUCGAUCUAUACCAUCCUCAAGUGUAACCAUUUUGCAGGCUUUUGCAACACGUGCUCUACCCUAUUGAUUGCCAAAUUCUACCUCCAUCUUCCUUGUAUCGAUAUCAAAAGUGGAUCUUUACAUGCCUUCAUAAUAUUUGUUAUUAACAAGCACACUUACCUGCAUAAGCCAACGUCUUCCUCUUUAUUCGUUGGCUUCUUUUUUGUCGUUUCUUUCCUUUUUUCUUCUUGAGAUCCACGCGCUCCC